CCCCAACAUUGGCUAAUUGAUUAAUUAAUACUAUACAGAGUAUAACAAUAACGGAAUAUAUAUUAUUGAUCAAAGCUGCAACGUAUGAAUAUAACCAUGAAUCGAGCAAUAAUGAUGGCUAUGGCAACCAUUUUCGUGGCGGUGCUCGCCGCAGUGCGCGACGGUCAAGCCCUCAACUGCGAACAGGUGGAGACUACAAUCUCGCCUUGCCGUGAGUACCUCCGGGACGGCGGCGCCACUCCUCCAAAGGAGUGCUGUGACGCCGUAAAAAGCCUGGUCAGCAUAGCUCCUUCCCAGCAGGACAGGCAGACCGCCUGUGAAUGCCUCAAGGCCGCCGCCAGUCACAGUGACAUCAAGGUUGACCUUGCCGCUAAACUUCCCACCGACUGUGGUGUCCCUGCUACUGUUCCGAUCAGCCCUAACAUUAAUUGUCAAAUCAUCAGUUGAAAAGAGAAAGCUAGAUCUUGGGGAGAAGCUUUGGAUGGUUGCAAGUAUAGUAACAAAUAAUGUGCUGCUUUUCAUUUAUUUUCUGUAAUACUACAUAUAAUGAUUAAUGAAAUGUUAUCCCACCGCCAUUGUGUGGUGAGUGUGUGCC